GACAAUGUCACACAGUAACAGCUGCGAACGGAGCUAAAACAUUUAACAAAACAAAAAGAAACGCAGUAAUAAUUAAUUAUUAAUAACAAACACUUAUAUUAAUUCACAUAACAAAAUGGACGCCGAGAAUUUAACUAAACAGAUCGAAGAAGUGGAGGCGUUAAGCUCAAUAUAUGGAAGCGAUUUCACAACAGAUUGCGAGCAGACGAGAUCAUAUAGUAUCAGAGUUAGUGAUAACAAAAAUGAAGUUAUCUUAUAUGUAACUAUGACAGACGGUUACCCAGGUCAAGCACCCCCAAAAUACGAGUUAUCAGCUCCUUGGAUGGACAGAAAAGCGAAAGAAAAUCUACAUUACUGUUUGGAUGAAAUAUAUUUAGAAUGUGUCGGUGAAACGGUUAUAUAUCAAUGGGUUGAAAAGAUAAGAGAGGUGCUACAAACAAUAAAACCUGUAGAGGAUAAAAAGAAAGAAAAAACUCAACAUAUAGAGGAUACAUUGGACUUAUCACAGUUGGAUAUAAAAUGUCCUGAAAUAACUCACGGCGAGGUGAUCGUCGAUAGGAAGAGCUCGUUUCAGGGACAUGCGGCCAAAGUUUAUAGUAUAGAAGAUAUUAACUUAGUUCUGGCGAAAUUGAAACAGAACAAGAAGAUACAGAACGCCACUCACAAUAUGUACGCGUAUAGGAUAGUGACGGACAAACUGACGUUACAAGACUGUGACGACGACGGCGAGAGUCACGCGGGGGGCAGGAUGCUGCAUCUCAUGAACAUCCUGGACCAGAGGAACACUCUCGUAGUCGUAUCCAGAUGGUACGGUGGAAUCCAACUAGGUCCUGAUAGAUUUAGACACAUCAACAACGCCACAAGACAGGUCAUACAACAAGCUGGUUUAUUGAAGAAAUAAAUAUAUUAUAUAAUUAAAUUAUUAUAUGAAUA